GUGAACUCAUCCCGCCAGCAGAGCGCGUCCCUGCGCCUCGGACGGAAAAUGGGGAAGCCUCUUGCCGGAGCACAAACCCACUCCCCGUUUUUUCUCCGAGAAACUGUGAAAAGGAAAAGCCCCGUUGUUUUUUUCUAACACUGUCAGAAAGCCCAUGCACUGCGAGCCUUCCCCAGCAGCUCCGCCGCUCACAGGACUCUCCCAGGAUGCUGUCGAACAAGCCUCACGUCGGGCACAAAGUGGCAGGCUGUUGGAUUGUCCUCUCCCUCUUUCAUAUCAACUUUUCUGCUGGCAGCUCAGGAAAAGGCUCACAGAGCCAAGAUGAUAUGCACGUCAUCCACAACAAUCAACUGGACCUUCGGGAGAUAGUGUUCGUCCUCCAGAGUCAGAGCAACUCCUACCACGAGAGGCAGGCAGAGAGACGGAGAGCAGAUUUAUUGAAGCAGGCACACGGCCUCACCGAGAAACCACCGGUGGUUUUGCUUCUUCAUAGUUUAUCAGAUAAUGAGGGAGACUGGAGCAUCCUUCCUCUGCUGCCUUACUUAUCGUACUCCUUUGGGAAAAACUCAUCCUGGAUUGUAUUUCUCGAGGAGGAAACAAACGUGAGGAUGUCUAAGCUCAUUCAAGUGCUCGCAAAAUUUGACAAGAACAAAGAGUGGUUUCUCGGUAAGCCCCUUCACGACGAGGAGUCGACCAUCAUCCAUCACUACGCCUUUGCUGAGAACCCCUCCGUCUUUAAGUAUCCUGACUUUUCUGCCGCCUGGGCCUUAAGCAUCCCCCUCGUUGUUCGGCUCGCAAACAAAGUGAGAGAUGAGCCACUUAAGUCUGACUUCACCAUUGACCUGAAACAUGAGGUUGCCUUGUAUAUCUGGGACAACGGGAACGGUCCACAUCUCACUGCUGUUCCUGAGCUGUGCACCGAGCCAGACGGCUCUCCUCAGUCCCUCAGCCACUGUGCUACCUCUCUCAGCGAGCCUCCACUGUGUGGGGAGCCUGUAAAUAAAGAAGAUAUAUUUGUUGCUGUGAAGACGUGUAGGAAGUUUCACAGUGAAAGAGUUCCAGUGAUAAAGAAGACCUGGGAGAAGGAUGCCUUAUUUCUUGAGUACUACAGUGACCAUGCUGAUCCUACAAUACCCACCAUUGAUAUAGGAGUACCAAAUACAGAGAGAGGCCACUGCGGGAAAACGUUCGCAAUCCUUCAACGAUUUCUGAACAGCUCUGUCCCGAAAACCAAGUGGCUCAUUGUUGUGGACGAUGACACGCUCAUCAGCAUCCCCAGACUGCAAAUCUUGCUGAGCUGUUACAACCCCUCUGAACCAGUGUGUCUGGGAGAGAGGUACGGCUACGGCCUGAGCCAAGGCGGCUACAGCUACAUCACGGGAGGUGGAGGCAUGGUGUUCAGCAGGGAGGCUGUGGUGCGACUUCUUGACAGCGGCUGUAAGUGCUACAGUAAUGACGCUCCUGAUGACAUGGUGCUGGGAAUGUGCCUCAACGCUCUCGGACUUCCUGUCACACACAGUCCACUCUUCCAUCAGGCACGGCCAGAGGACUACGCCAGAGACUUCUUGGCUCACCAGGUGCCCAUCUCUUUCCACAAACACUGGAACAUCGACCCGGUCGCCGUUUUUAACAAAUGGCUGCGAGAUGACUCGGCUGCAAAAGCUUCAGAUGGACUUGAUAAGAGUGCUAAGACGGAGUUAUAAUAAUUUUUAAGCACACGACUAGCCUGUAUGGAUGUGUGUGCGUGUGUGUUUGUUGUGUGUGUGUGUGUGUGUGUGUGUGUGUGUGUGUGUGUGCAUUAUGGCAUCAUGGAUUCCUGAAUUCCUUCACAGAUGUAAAUGUUUUUGUAUUGCUGAUGUUGAACUGUUAUUUAGAGGGACCAUGCGAGAGUGUGUCCGUGACUGAAUGUUUUCGUGUCUGAGCUGCAUGUCGGGGUUUCUGUCAUUUUUGGAAAUCUGGAUGUAAUAUGUCAUAUUUAUAUCAUAUGAAUAAUCUGAACCUUACAGAGGAGAACCCUCCUCUGUGGGAGGUACUGUAUCUUUCAAAAAGUAUUGCCAACGCUGUACAUUGUGCUCUAUUUUGACAUAAAAUUAUUUGAGAAUGUUUUGCCUUUUUUAUAUCUUAAGAGGCCUUUUUAAUGGGAUUAAGUUUAAAUCAGUGAUGUGUAUUGUUGAAGGUUAAUUGGGGGUAAGAGUACAGGCUGUUUGGCGUUGCUAAAAGGAAGAAUUAAAAGAUCUCUAAAGCA